GUCGAACUUCAGUUCCUUGACGAACUGAUCCACUGACGUCGAUUCAACCUCAUUCCGCUCCUUUCGCCGCUGCACGCACAUACGUCCCAAGACCUGCUUUAAUAUGUUCUCCAAGCCUCUACACCGCGUCAUUGCGACGUCCUCUUCCGUCCUAAAGCACGCACGCACACAGACGCGCUCCAUCGGCUUCCUGUCGACGCUACCGGAGGAGCAUGCCAUGUUGCGCGAUAUGUGCCAGCAGUAUGCCGCCAAGAACCUUAAGCCUAUUGCCGGGGAGCUCGACAGGGAACACAAAUACCCGGCAAAGCAGGUCAAGGAGCUCGGUGAGAUGGGACUCAUGGGCGUCGCCAUUGACGACAAGUACGGAGGCGCCGGUCUCGACUAUCUCGCCUACGCCAUCGCCAUGGAGGAGAUCAGUCGUGGCUGUGCUUCCACGGGCGUCGUCAUGUCCGUCAACAACUCGCUGUAUUGCGCACCACUGGACAAGUUCGGCACUCCGGAACAGAAGGAGAAGCACUUGACUCCCUACGCCAGCGGAGAGAAGCUGGGCUGCUUCGGACUUAGUGAGCCAAGCAACGGCAGUGACGCAGGUGCUGCUUCGACCACGGCUCGCGCUACUGACAAGGGAUACGUGCUUAACGGCACCAAGGCGUGGAUUACCAACGCCCACGACGCUGACCAGGCGAUCGUGUUUGCUACGACGGACAAGUCGCUCAAGCACAAGGGUAUCAGCGCGUUUCUAGUACCGACCGACACUCCUGGUUUCUCACUGGGCAAGAAGGAGGAUAAGCUGGGAAUCCGUGCGUCUAGCACUGGAAACCUCAUCUUUGAGGACGUCGAGAUCCCCAAGGAAAACCUGCUCGGUAAGGAAGGUGACGGAUUCAAGAUCGCUAUGAUCACGCUGGACUCGGGUCGUAUCGGUAUUGCCUCGCAGGCUCUGGGUAUUGCUCAGGCCUCGUACGACUGUGCUAUCGCGUAUGCACAGACCCGUAAGACGUUCGGUGUGCCUCUGGCUAAGAAUCCUAUUAUCCAGACCAAGCUGUCGACUAUGGCCACAGAGAUUGAAGCUGCACGUCUACUAACGUGGAAGGCUGCAGUGGAGAAGGACGCUGGUCGACCGUUUACGAAGCUGGCGGCCAUGGCGAAGCUCAAGGCGUCGGAGGCGGCCACCAUGUGCUCCCACCAGGCCAUCCAGGUCCUCGGCGGCAUGGGAUACGUGUCGGAGAUGCCUGCUGAGCGCCACUACCGCGACGCACGCAUCACGGAGAUCUACGAGGGCACGUCCGAGAUCAUGCACCUGGUCAUUGGCGGCGCACUUAACAAGGAGUUCAACGAGACCAACUAACUAGGAGACGCUCUCAAAAUUGCACCAGCUAAGAAAACGCAAUACAUACCGUUGAAUACAAUCCAAACGCACAAACAGAUCCAUGAUCAUUGCCCUACG